AUGAAGAAGAAGAAGAGGAAAACAUUUUUGGAUUACUGUAAAAGUGUCAAGUGGAAAAAGGUUUUGAAGAGGUAUGAAAAUAUUAGGAGAAAUGUGGGAGGAUUAUUGAUUUUGGCUGGAAAUUGUUUCAAUAUUUUUCUCUCCAAAAAAUGUUUUUUUUUUCAAAAAUGAAGGCUCUAAUUUUUCUGGAGUCAGGCAUAAAUAAUUUCUAGACAAUCAUUAAUUUAAAAAAUGUUCCUGGAAAUUCAAAGCAUAAACCCAAGGGGCAUUUUUCAGGUGAAAGUUUUCUAAUUGUUCGCCCAUCUGACGAACCCAACAUCCAUCAAGCAAUCUUCACACCAAUCGAUAAAAUUGUCCACCAAAAACCAGCCGAUACACCACGUUUCAUUCUUGAAGGAAUAUCGACGGGUCUUGCAACGAAUUUCGAAAAUGUAGAGGAUUUGACAGCAAAUCUACUCAUGACUUUAGAAGAACAAAAUAAUUCGCAAAGAAUUGUCGAAAAAUUACGAGAUGAUUCUUUUAUAUCAAUUGAGGAAGAUUCUGGAAUUCUAGAAGCUACGCAACUUGGAAAAGCAACUAUGGCUUCAGCUUUACCACCAGAAGCAGCGUUGGCGAUUUUUGAGGAUUUGAGUGUUGCGAAACGGGCAAUUGUGUUGGAUACAGAAUUACAUAUGCUAUAUCUGGUGAGGCUCAUUUUCUAACAGAAUUUUUUUGUUGAAAUUCAACUUUUAGAUUUUUUUCAAACUAUAUUUUGAUGAACCUCGAUUUUCCAAUUUCAGGUAACUCCAGUUAAUGUAACUGUCUGGCAAGAGGCUGAUUGGCAUCAUUUAUUCGAAAUUUUUACCCGUCUCCCAGAAGAACAUCGCCGAGUCGCAAAAAUUAUUGGAAUAAAUGAGCGAUUUUUGGUGGAUCGAAUGAGAGGAGCUGGAAUUGGAGGAGCUGAAAAUGAGAGGAAAUUCAAAAUGCAUAUUCGAUUUUUCUCGACACUCGCUUUAUUUGAUUUGAUUAAUGAGGUUGAUAUUCAUCAAGUUUCGGAGAAAUAUCGAAUUCCGAGAGGAUCGCUUCAGACAUUGCAAUCACAAAGUGCUACUUAUGCGGGUAAGGGUUUUGGGGAGAGAUUCAGAUUCAAAUAUGUUUUCUUUCAAUUUCUGAACUUCCAAAAAAUGUUUUUUUUUAAACUAAAAAAAGUUUUUUUGUUGAAAAUUUCAUAUCGAUUUCAAAAUUUUAAAACAUUCUCCAAAAUAUUUUUUUUUCAAAAUCCCAUCAAUUUGUCACUAUUCACUAUUAUAUAAUAAUUAAAAGGUGACAACUAAAGUCAGGUGGUGGUAUAUCCUUACAACAUUGCGCAAAAACCACCACAAUAUUUUGACAGCCAAUUAUGACGCAUUAAAUGAGCUUGAAACUAUUACAAAAAUCAUAUUUAUAUAUAUUUUUGUGUGUAAUUUCAAUGAUGACUAGGUCAUAUGGCUGAUUGGCUCAGUUUAUUUGAUGUAUACACAUUUCUCGAUUCGUAA